UGUCGAAGAAGAAAACAGAAUUUCCGGAAUGUAAUGUUUACAAAUGGCAGUGCAAGAGAGAUGAUACAGUGACAAACCUUUAUCUAUCGAAUGAGAUGUUACCUCAGCUGGGAUUUUCCGAGCAGGGCCAUCGGUGAUCCAUCAUCUGCAUCAACUGCUGAAAGUCGAGUAGUAGACCAUGAAGAAGAAAAGUAGAUCCCUAAAGUCAUCCGAGCUAUCACAGCAUUCCAGGAGAGCCUGUGAGGGGAAGAGACCAUGUGGAAGUAGAAGGAAAACUCAGAGAAACAGUCAUAUGACUGCAGUAACAUCUGACCUGCGUCAUAGAGAUGACAAAACAGGUUCUACCUACACUUUGACUGACAAGCACAAGCAUUCAGAUGUCAAGUCAAAAUCCUCCAGAAUAUCCACUGACAUGUGCAGAUUGUGCCAUGGCAAGUUUUCUCCACGGAGUCUACUGCCUGCCUUCAACAAAUGGCCUCAGGAUUUUCCUGAUAUUGUUCAUGACGAAGCAUAUGCUGUUGACCAGUCACCACCUGUAUUCCAUGUUGACUUCCAGCAACUGGUUGGAGUGCAGUUAGACCCUGACCCUCGAUUAUCGGAAUUUGUUUGCAAGAAAUGUCACAGCGAGUUCUAUAAGUGCCACAAUAUUUUGGUCAGGUUUUUGCAGAUGGUUAAUCACCUGCCUCUUGGGAAAGACAAUUCUAACAGGCACAAUCCAAUGUUUUCGGACUCAUUGAUAAACGAUGGGUCAACAAUUUCACAAACACUUUCCUCAGACACUGCGUGCCUUCACAACCUUGUGUCAUGGGCUCAUCAUCAUGGAGAGGCUUGCAAAUCUUGCCCUGAUCUGAAGGAGGUUCUUGAGGGGCAGUGCUGGGGCUCAGUCAAAGCAGUGUGGUGUUGUGUUGCUGGGCACAGCUACACUAUAGACACACAGAGCACUACCUCCGCCAGGUUUGGUUAUGUGCUCAACUCAGGAGAGAGUGGAAAUGGUGCCAGAGAUAUUUCAAGGGAGGUAGACUGUGAUGGAAGGAGCACUGCGGUUACAGCAAUCUGUCUGGCUCAGCAGACUAAACCAGCAGUCACUCCGCUGAUUCAAAGUUCAGCACUGGCUGACUGGACCUGCAGCAGUCAAGAAUUUGCAGAGCCUGAGGAUGCAGUUUCUCCAGCUGAAGAGCAGCAAGAUGACAAGCAGGCAGACAGUGAUCUAUUUGACAGAGCCACUGGGCCCAAAAAGCAACAACACAUUCCAAAUACCUCAGAAGAACAUAAAGUAAAAAAGAAGCCUGGACCUAAACCUGGCUGGAAGAGAAAUUUCAAGCCUAAAGGGGAGGAGCUGCCUAACAUCUACAAGUGUCUGUAUCAAGGCUGCAUUGCUGUCUAUAGAGCUCCUGAUGGUUUAAAGAAGCAUGUCAAAGAGCAUCAUGAAGAGGUAAAGGAGCGACCCUGUCCCCAUCCUGGAUGCAAUAAAGUCUUCACCAUUGACCGUUACUUGCAACGACAUGUAAAGCUGAUCCUUACAGAAGAGAGGAACUACAUCUGUGACCAGUGUGGACAAACUUUUAAACAGAGGAAACAUCUUUCAGUUCACCAAAUGAGACAUUCAGGUGUAAAACCUCUGCAAUGUGAGGUUUGUGGCUUCCAGUGCCGUCAGCGGGCAUCGUUGAAAUAUCACAUGACUAAACACAAGGCAGAGGCUGACUUGGAGUUUGCCUGCUUGAUAUGCAGCAAGCGCUUUGAAAAAGCCCAUAAUCUCAACGUUCACAUGUCUAUGGUCCACCCGCUGACUCAAACCAAGGUGCAGAAAGGAGGCAACCAGCAGAAGCCACACAUUGCAAUCUCCAGCCAUCAGAACAUCAUCAUGAGUGGGGAGUCAAUGCCACAAGAACAAGGCAGAUGAUGUUAGGAAGAUUCACAACUCAUGAAGUACUCGGGCCAAAGGGUGGUACUUCAACAGUAUGGAGUUUUAGUUAGUUCAAAUUGGACUGAUGCUGUCGCUCAGAAUUUCAAUUUUGACAAUGUCUAUUUACCUCUACUAUAAUUUUCCAACCAUGUAUUCCGCUUUUAAGCUUAUCAGAUAGGCAGGAAGCCAUUCAUGUAGUAGUGUUGACUGAGAUCAGAUGCAUCUGUAUAUGCACUGUAUGGUCUGUACAAAAAGAUGUGAAAGUAAAAUGCAGAUUUCUUACUCUUG